AUGUAUACCCAAUCACCUUUUACACCUGCUCAGAUUGAAGAGAAGCUUCAACAGACUAUAGUUGCACUUCAAUUAAAAGAAUUUAAAUCAAUUAGAAAGGCUGCAGAGCAUUUUGAAGUCCCUAAGUCCAUUCUAGCCGAUAGGCUGGCUGGGAAGAAAACAUGUUCCCAAACCUACGAAAUAGCUCAAAUUCUUUCAAACGCAGAAGAAAAUACUCUUGUACGAUGGAUUUCACGACUCACGAUUACUGGAUUCCCUGCUACAUCUAUAUUGGUGAAGGAAAUGGCCGACGAAAUUCGUCUUCGAUACAUUCAGGUCGCGUUAUCUCAAAUUCCUACCUCGACAGAAAUUCCAUCUAUAGACCACAAAUGGAUCUAUAGAUUCCAAAAACGAUAUCCAGAACUUAAAAUAUACUAUUCACAUCAAUUAGAGUUUAAUCGGGCUAAAGAGGCAAUUCCGGAGAAUAUUCAGAUUUGGUUUGAUGUGUUUUUACAAAUGGAUGGACCUCAAAAGUCAUGGAUUAGAAUGGCUAAAAAGGGUUUUCGAACCAGAAUCCAAGAAAGUGUCAGAUGA